AUGAGCGAGCAGCGGGACGUCGGCCGGAUCCUGGCCCUCGCCGGUCGCUUCCGUCUGCUGCAGGGCGCGGGCAGGGCCUGCGUGACCCCGUUCCUGACGCUCUACCUCCGGCACCUGGGGCUGCCGGCCCCGCUGGUGGGUGUCGUGGCCGGAGCCAAGCACCUGGCGGCAGUCCUCUGGGCUCCCCUCUGCUCCCGCUGCCCCCAGAGCCGUGGGAAGCGGCGGCUCCUGGUUGUCACCUCGCUGCUGGGCUCGGUGGGGGCCUGCCUGCUGCUCACCCUCAUCCCACCCGCCGACGGCGACGCGGGCUACAAGUACUGUAACGCCAGCCAGCAGGCGGGUGACCGAGGGGCCGCUGCCACGGCGCCCGGCCCGGGCAGCCACGCUGACUUAAGCACGAGCGCUACUACAAAUGCCAAAGGUGCAUGGAAAGAAACGGUGAAAACAACUGGUGAUGUGUUAAUGGCGAGCAGAACGCCAGCCCCAGCCAGCGCAGCCUUCCAGGGAUUAGCUGGCCUGAGAGAUACGCCUGAGAAGAAAGGCAGAGGGAUUGGUGACGGCGAUGCAAAGACAAAUGGCUGCAAUGGCUGCUCUGCUGGUCCCUCUGGCUCGACACCUUCUGUGAAAGCAGUUAAGUGGGAGGCAGGAGAGCCAGGAACGCUGGCUCCCUACAGACCGCCCUUGCAUGGGCUCGAGAAGGAAAGGAGCAGUCUGCGUUCUGCUGCAACAGAUCUCGCUGAAAGGAAAGAGAUGUCUUGGUUUAAAGCAACUCUUCCGACUGCUGGAGGCGCUGACAUGCCUGGAAAGCUUCCAGACCACUGGAAGGAGGCAGUGAAAAACCUCUUUCAGGACAGAGAGCAUCGGAUUUUUCUUAUGGUACUGGCUACGGUCGUGCUCUGGGAGCUGUUGGCUACUUCUUUCGAACAGAUGGUGGACGAGAGUCUCUACGAAUAUCUCGACUCGGUUGACGCGACGGACAGGUGUGGCAAGCUGUGGAUUUGGAGUUACCUGGGUGCGUCCGUAGGUGCCUGCAGCAUUGCCGCCUCCGUGGAUCAACUGAAUUGCUUCCUGAGCGGUACAAUCACCCGCCUCGCUGUCCAUUUCUAUGGCCAUGCUGCCCUGGUAACGCUCUCGCUGCUCGUCAGUGUCUUUUUUCCCGUCCACGUUCCCAAGAAAAGCAACCAUGUUAACAAAACCGCCAAAGCCCUGGCCCUCCUGCGGAGCGACGGCCAAGCGAUCCUGUACGCCAUCACUCUCUUCCUCACCGGAGCGGCUGGCUCUGCGGUGCAGAACUUUCUCUUCUGGCAGAUGCAGGACCGAGGCAGCAGGGAGCUCUGCAUGGGGCUCACUGUGGCCGCUGGGCUACUUGCUGAACUUCUACUUCACUGCCUCCAAGGGACGUUGCUGAGGACUUUCUUGAGCAGCAAAGUGGUUGCAGUCAGCCUCAGCCUCCUGGCCGUGGAGCUUCUGAGCUACUCCUUCUUGUGGGCUGAGUGGGCAGCUCUCCUGGUCCAGGUUUUAGCUGCCUUCAGCAGCAGUGCUCUGUGGCGGGUGGUGAACAGGCUGGGGGGUGACACAGCCACUGCAGGCAUGGAGAGGCCCCUGCACGCUGUUCCCCAGGGCCUCUGCUACGGUGGAGGAGCCAGCGUGGGCAGUUUUGCGGGGGGAUUUGUUGUGAAGCGCUUUGGCCUGGCCGUUCUGUACAGGGCGUGCAGCGUGUGCCUGCUGCUGUGGCUCUGCUUGUUCUCCAUUGUCCAGUCGAAAUUGCCGCGGCAGAAAAAAGUUCACUACUCUUGUCUCCUGGCUGCGGGUUGCAGCGAUAGGCGUGACUCUGACGAGGACGACGAGAGCCUCUGGCUGGUAACGGUUAUGAGGGAUGAGAGCUUUCUUCGGAACUGGUCACAACCGCAUGGAAUCUACUGA